AUCAGCACCAUGGAGAGCUCGAGCGUGCGGGGCGCACUGCUGCUGUUGCUGCUGCUCAGCGCGAGCGCACAGGACGCGGACACGGACAACGAGGUGGAGCUGGACACCCGCGCCAUCCGGGACUUUUACCCCAAAGACCCCAACCUGACCAGCGAAAAACAGCUGCUUGGCGCUCUCCACGAAGUGCUUGAGAAGUUGCAGACCAAAAGAAUCCCACCUUGGGAGAAGAAAUUUGGGCAGGUUCCCAUGUGUGAUGUUGGAGAGCAGUGUGCGGUGAGGAAAGGCUCGCGCAUUGGGAAGAUGUGUGACUGUCCCCGAGGAGCAUUCUGCAACUUCUUCCUGCUCAAGUGCUUGUGAGGGGCAAAGCGUGUCCAGGGGCUUUUGAAGGAAAAGGGGAGGUGGGGAGGGGCAGAUCUCACACACACACACUGUCCAGAAGUAUCAAAGUCAUUUGUAUAGAUAUUUUUUUAAGUGCGAGAAUUCACCAAAAAGUCGGAACUGUUUUUUCUGUAAAGUUGUGUUCCUGUUCUGAAGUGUUGCACACCUGUAAUCAUGUCCUCGACGAUGUAACCUUCAUGUUUUUGUGGAUUAAAGUGACCCAUAACGUCCUUUUGUAAA